CCCUGGCCUGCGGCGAGGGCUUCAGAAGAUGCACUGGAGACUUGCAGCCUCUCUGGGGACAGUAAAUGGGAGAAAGGACAAAGUGGCUUCAGUUGCGUGGAGAAAAUAAUCAUCGCCACCCAAAGUCUCCUAAUGCUGAAACUAUUCCCCAGGAGGUUCUGGAGAGAGCAGUCACCCCUACUUCUUGUCGUCUUCUUUUGAGGGCUCUCAACUUCAGGCCGUAAAUCUACAGCUAUUGCCAGAGACCCUUCACAUUUGGUUCUUUUAUUCUCCCAGCAGCUACCUGAUAUGAGAUUGUUAUUAACCUAUUUAGUAAGUGAGGAAAUGGAGUGAGGACUGUUUGGUUACUUGCCCAAGGUCACAUGGGGGAAUGGGGAGCCAAGACAGCAAGUCUCUCACAGCCUAAUUCUGAGCUUUUCCAAAGGAUAAGUAGCCUUUCUGCUAGGAAAGCAAUAUUUGCUAUGGUAAUGCCCCUUUCUCCAAAUUCUUCAGGAAAUUAAUUCCUCAGAGAUGUGAUCUAAGGAGAAAAAUAAGGUUCCCUUUAUUAAUCGAGGAAGUUCCUGAGAUGCAGCUGAGUGUAUUACUUGUUGAAGUGCUCACAGUAUGUGGAGAGGUGGAGCUGUAAGGUCUACCCACUUGUUCUAACCAAACUCUAUUUGUUCAACUCCCCAGGCACAGAGUCCAACCUCAGGCAGCAGGUGCCAGGUACUUUCCCCUGACUCUUGGUGAAUGUGCAGUUGUUGAGCAGUAACACCUUGAAAUUCUAAAUUAAUGUCCUGUAGUAUCCUGACACUCUGAUAGGGGAUUCCUUUGUAGCUUGUACUCCCAAUUGGAGGUGAGUCCUCCAAAUAAGAGUUUAAAAUGCCUCUUCAGUCACUACAACAUGUAGCAGAAUGUGCAGCUGACAAGACCAGGUGCUUCAGUUAACAAAGCAGAGAACUGUAGCAUCACACAGCCAUUUCAUUAAAUCAGGUGGCCAGCAUUUUGAUGAGACAUAUUAGAGGAAAACAAAGAUUAUACACUGAACGACUGUAUAAAGUGUAAGAAUUCAGUAAUCAGGAAGUAAGAAUAGAAUAUUCCAAAGGAAAAAAAAACAGAAAAAAAUAUGAGGCAAGAGAAUUCCUAGGAUCUAGAUGAGUAGUAAAGUCUGACCAAGCCCUGUUCCAUUCCGUUCCAUGUUACAAAAAUUCCACCAGCUCUUUAGUAAUGAGGAACUAGAGAACUGUCCAGUGUAAAGGCAUAGGCUUGGCUUUGGGUCCAGAAAAUUUUGGAUUUAAAUCUUUCUUCCACCUUGACUCCUUACCAGCUCUGAGAAUUUGGGCAAGUUACUCACCCUAAAUGGAAUACCUUGGGCUGUUUUGGAAUCCAAAGUAGGCCUUCCUUUUCUAAGUACUGACAAGUAUUUACACUUCCCUCAGAACUGGUAUUCUCAUAUCCUGAAGAGUAGGAGAGGGGAAAGUCUGGAUCUGGAGACUCCUAAGAACUGUUUAAAGGUAACAUAUGAAAUCUCAUUCUGUCCUUAUAACUUAGGGGGAAUUGGAGAGAAGAGCUAUAGCCAUUUCCAUAGUACUGCCAAUCAUAAAGGCUGAAUAUUCAGUUUUUUAGAAUCUGAAUUCCUUUGGAGGCUACCCAAAUAGCAGAUGGUUAGAUAGGGGAAGGAAUUAGAAUAUUCUAAUCACAUGCCACGGCUAAGGAACAAACAGGAGUGCCCAUUAUCUUAAAACUGGCAGGAAGAGAGAUAUGUGUUUAUGUGUUCUCUACUUUUCCACUUCCUGCUUCCCCCUGGGCUCAUUUGUGUGUGGUCAUGGUAUCAUUUUGCUGUUACAUUAUAGGUGACUAACUUUACAUCAGGCCAUCCAGAGUUCCUCCAUUUACUCGUACCCCAAACUGGAGGUCCUGUUGACUUUAAUCUUUCACUCAUCAAUUCUCCUACCCUCUCCUGUUUUUGUUGUUGUACUUUGUUUUUGUUUGUUUGGUGUUUUCCUCCUCAGGUGCUCAAGAACACCCUAUGGAAGCAUCACAUGAAGAGGUGGUGAUUAAGGUCAUACAGCAGGAGUGGACAUGUUUGGAUUUCCAACAGCUACCCUGCUGGACUGUCAUGGAAGAUAUGCCCAGAAUGUAGCAUUUUUCAGUGAGUGAGUCAGUUGAUCGCUGGGAUGCCCUCAGCUCACCAUAUGAAGUGUCCCUGUUCUCAGCACUGGUUGGCAGGCUGAGGAAACAGAGGAGACAUUCCUUUGGUGGAGUUCACCGUUCCUGGGGGUUACCAGAAAAGACUGCAAGUUGAAGUUAGAAAUAACAGUAGAAACAGCAGAAAAACAAUCCUGAUAUGGAAAUAAACUUGAGAUGUGAUGACAGAAGCCCACCACAAAUAUGAUCAUGCUGAGGCCACAGGAUCCUCAAGCUGGGACUUCCAGAAUUCUUUCAGAAGAGAGAAGCUGGAACAAAAAUCCCCAGAUUUUAAGACACUACAGGAAGAUUCACCUGGAGUGAGACAGAGGGUCUAUGAGUGCCAGGAAUGUGGAAAAUCCUUCAGGCAAAAGGGUAGUCUAACGUUGCAUGAGAGAAUCCACACUGGUCAAAAGCCAUUUGAGUGUACCCACUGUGGAAAAAGCUUCAGGGCUAAAGGCAAUCUUGUUACACAUCAGCGAAUACACACAGGAGAGAAGCCUUAUCAGUGCAAGGAGUGUGGGAAAAGCUUCAGUCAACGAGGUAGUUUGGCUGUUCAUGAAAGACUCCACACUGGACAGAAACCCUACGAGUGUGCAAUUUGUCAGAGAAGUUUCAGGAAUCAGAGUAACCUUGCUGUUCAUAGAAGAGUUCACAGUGGUGAGAAGCCCUAUAGAUGUGAUCAGUGUGGAAAAGCCUUCAGUCAGAAAGGAAGCUUAAUUGUUCACAUCAGAGUCCACACAGGCCUGAAACCAUAUGCCUGCGUACAAUGCAGGAAGAGUUUCCAUACCAGGGGAAAUUGUAUCCUGCAUGGCAAAAUCCACACAGGAGAGACGCCAUAUCUAUGUAGCCAAUGUGGGAAAAGCUUCACUCAGAGAGGGAGUCUGGCUGUGCACCAGCGAAGCUGCUCACAAAGGCUCACCCUCUGACCACAUUCUUCAAAGGGAAUUCUCUUUAUGAAUUAAUAGUAUAAAAUCUUCUGAGAUCAAGCCACCUAUCCAAUUCUGUGCAGUGAAUGGAUACUCAUUCAGAAAGACCAUCACUGGGUAGGACAAAAUGACUUUUCUCCUUUCUUCCAAAUGAGUCUGAAAAAUAAAUGUCCUGUUUAUUAUCA